AGGUGCUUUUGUAAAUCAGAAUUUUUAAUACCGUGAUAUAGCUAAGCUUUAUUAUAACAUCAUUUUUGGGUAUUCUUUUUUAUGGGAUCACCUUAGGAAAUAAUAAAAAAUUAUCAUUUUUUUACACAUCUGUAAUUAAGCUCUGUAUAGGAUGCAUGGUGGAAGAUAAGAAUGAAAACAAUAAUAGGUAAAGUUUAUUUAUUUAAUCCCAUAACCAACCACUAAGCAUUUAUCUAAUGUAAAUUCUACCAUUAUCCAUAUUUUUUUUAGAGAAAAAGAAACUGAGUUAUUAAGUAACUUGUCCAUCUAGGAUUACACGCACAGCUAAUAAAUGAAACUCAAAUGCAAAUCUGUGCUCUUAGUUACUAAGUUGUUGAUUUCUGUUCCUUAAUAUUUUCAUAGCAAGAUUUCAAUGUCAUAACUCCACCCACCUGGUGCCGGCAGAGGAGCCCUGCUGGUGGGCAGGAGAGUCCGUUCCACCCUUCUUUCCUCUCUGGGCUCUGCCUCUCUGCGGGCGGCGGUGUCCUCAGCCCGUUUCUGUGGCCGUGCCGCCGAAUCCAACCCUGGGUCGAGUGGCGCUGUCCCCACGGAAGGAGGGCCGAUAUUCCAUUUUGUAAUUCAAAGGUCAUUUGUUUCAAAUAUUUUUUCAAAAUUAAAAAAAAAAUUUAGAUUAACUCAACAUGAUAGGUAGAGGGGUAUAAAAUGGUAUCCAGAUUCUGAGCUCUUGGUAAAAAAUAGCUUUAAUGCAUCUUAGGUUAAAAGUGAUGGAACACUGCUUUUUUAGAAGACCUUACAUUUGGCAUUUCUCCGGCAGUCCAGUGGUUAAGACUCUGUGCUUCCCCUGCAGGGGGCGCAGGUUCGCUCUCUGGUCAGGGAACUAAGAUCACAGGCCAGGUGGCUUGGCCAAAAAUAGAAAAAAGACAUUUAUAGUCUAAGAGAGAGGUAAUGCAUGUAAGGAAAAUAAUUGCAGUGUAAUUGAUCUCUUUGUGCCUCAGUUUCCUUCUCUGUAAAACACUAGAAUAGUAUAUCCACUUCAUGAUGUUGAGAAAAUUAAAUGGAUUAAUAAUAUUAAAAUGUUUGGAACAGAGCUUUGCACUGUUAGCUGCUGCUAUUAAUUGUGUGAUGUGUAUAGUCGAAGUGCUGCACAAAGUAGACUGGAGUGUCAGCCUUAUUUUGGGAGGGUUAGAACAGGUUUUACAGAGGUUCUGGGGACUUCCCCUGUGGCCUAGUGGUUAAGCCUCUAUGUUCCCACUGCAGAGGGCCUGGGUUCAAUCCCUAGCUGGGGAAUGAAGUUCCCACAUACUGCUGGGUGCAGCCAAAAAGAAAAUAAUGUAAAAAUACAGAGGUUCUGAAUCGUAAAGGAUCAGGAGGAGUUUUUCAGAUGUUAUAGAGGAAUGCCAAUAAUUGCAAUUAUAGGCAGAGGAAAAAAAUACAAGAAAACAUAUGCAGAUAUGAACCAGGCUAGCACAUUUAAAAAAUGGAGUAAAUCAGAAUGAUUGGCAUAUAUGAUUAAAAAGGGGAGAGGAGAUUAGAGUCAGGGACAGGUCAUGGGUAGCCUUUUCUGUCACACAAAAGUUUCCUCUCCAACUUAAGUGUCAGUGUAGAAACUAGAUUAGGAAUGCUACUUUCACAUCAGCCUCAUUUGAGAGCAGUGAGUUGGUUUAGCUCUUAAAGCACCUGUUGUGUACCAGGCACCAUGCUAAGCUAAAUUCAGGAGAUUCAGGUAACAGGCCUGCUCUGUGAUAUUUCUGCUGAGUAACUAAAAUUCCUCAUUUAAAAGACCUCUGUGUUGAUACUAAAAAAAAAAAAAAAAAAACAACCCUGCCACAGACCAUGGCAGUGAGUGGGUCAGAGGUAAGAGUGAAACCCAAGAGGGAAUCCUAAAAUAUCAGGACUAAAGAAAUGGAUUGCUGGCAUACAGACUGCUUUCUGAUGUGUUGAGGCAAACUUUCGUUUCAGGGAAGGUAAGUCCAUCGACUGAUUCCAUUGUUCCUUGUUAUCCAGCCUUUCCCUCAGGUUCUCUUUAUCUUAAUUUUAACAGAGUGUCUCCUGAUUUCUUGUUACACAAUUAUUUCCAUCUAUCUUCUGAAUUCUAGAUUCAUAUGUGAAAAAUUGGGCUUGAGAUUAAAGCUUUUCAAAAUUACACUUGUGUUCAUUUGUGAUCUAAAGAGUAGAUAUAUUAAUAUAUUUGGAAGCCAAAAUAAGUGAAUGCAUAAAAAUACAACCAACUGACAUCCAGCCUGACAUAUUCAGCUAUUUGUUGCACAUUAUGUACACGGGGAAAGGGCCAAAACAGAUUGUGGACCAUAGUCGUUUGGAGGAAGGGAUUCGAUUUCUUCACGCCGACUACCUUUCUCACAUUGCAACUGAAAUGAAUCAAGUGUUCUCACCAGAGACUGUGCAGUCCUCAAAUUUAUAUGGCAUUCAGAUCUCAACGACCCAAAAAACAGCUGUCAAACCAGGGCUGGAGGUCAAGGAAGCUCCUUCCAAUAACAAUGGAAACAGAGCUGCUGUCCAGAGUGACCACCCCCAGUUGCAGCUCUCUCUUGCUAUUGGGCUGGAUGAUGGCACUGCAGACCAGCAGAGGGCCCAUCCUGCCUCCCAGGCCUUGGAGGAACACCAGAAGCCCCCAGUGUCCAUCAAGCAGGAGAGAUGUGACCCAGAAUCUGUGAUCUCCCAGAGCCGCCCCUCACCUUCAUCAGAGGUGACAGGCCCCACUUUCACCGAAAGCGGUAUCAAAAUACACUUAUGCCAUUACUGUGGGGAACGUUUUGAUUCCCGUAGUAAUCUAAGACAACAUCUCCACACCCACGUGUCUGGAUCCCUCCCAUUUGGUGUCCCUGCUUCCAUUCUGGAGAGUAAUGACCUUGGUGAAGUGCAUCCACUUAAUGAAAAUAGCGAGGCUCUUGAAUGCCGCAGGCUCAGCUCCUUUAUUGUCAAGGAGAAUGAGCAGCAGCCUGACCUCUCAAACCGGGGUGCCACAGAGCCUUUGCAGAUCAGUCAAGUGUCUUUGAUCUCCAAAGACACUGAGCCAGUAGAAUUAAACUGUAAUUUUUCUUUUUCAAGGAAAAGAAAAAUCAGCUGUACCAUCUGUGGUCAUAAGUUUCUCCGAAAGAGCCAAUUGCUGGAGCACAUGUACACACACAAAGGUAAAUCUUAUAGGUUUAACCGAUGCCAAAGGUUCGGUAAUGCAUUAGCCCAGAGAUUUCCGCCAUAUUGUGACAGCUGGUCUGACAUCCCCCUGAAAAGUUCUCGUUUGUCGCAAGAACAGUUAGAUUCGUCUUGUGCCUUAGAGUCAGAACUCACACAAGAAAAUGUGGACACUAUCCUGGUUGAGUAGCAGUUUCUCCUUCAGAAUUUUUAUAUCAAUUCUGAAAAAGGAAAUCCACAUGUGGUUUUUUAUUCAUAAAUUAUUUUCCUCCUCAAGUUCUUUACCAUUUAUCCCUAGUUCUAAGGUUGUAUAUACUACAUCUUUUUAUUGUAAAGAUAUAUCGAUACAUUGCUGCCAAAAUGUAACCUUCUAAUUAGGGCUGUAUUUUCCUCAGUUAAAUCACAAUUUAGAAAUGAGAAAUCAAUGUGGAAGUAUGGAAGUUUUUUCAGGUUGUAGAAUCUGUAAAAGCAAAUUGAAUAUGAAAUAAGUGUAAUCUUUUUUAAAGAAUGUUCUAAACUAUCACUUUUGGUUAAUGUUCCACAUGAAUUAAGCCCCUAUGAGGAUUAUUUUAAAAUAUUUUCUGCCAUAUAGGAAAUUAAUAGUUAUAUUAGUAUAUAAAUAUGUUAUAAUGUAUGAAACAUUUGUUUGAGGGUAUAACUAUACCAAAUCAUGAGUAAUUUUAAAUUACUGUUUAUUUGCUAGUUCUGCAACAUCUUGCAUGAUUGUGUGUGCAUGCUCAGUCACUCAGUCAGAUACUGGGGUGUGAUUCUUUGUGACCCCACAGACAGAGUGUCUGACUGUGACCCCAUGGACUGUAGCCUGCCAGGCUCCUCUGUCCAUUGGAUUAUCCAGGCAAGAAAACUGAAGUGGGUUGCCAUUAUGUGACUUUAUUUAUUUAACAUUGAGCAUACCUCAUUUUCAAUAAAAGUAUUUUAUUUAAAAGAGAGAAAAGGAGAAGAGUCAGAAACACACAAAACUUAGUCAGUAAGAUACAUACAUGUAGGUAAGUGUAGAUGCCGCCGGUGUUAGAGACAGCAGUUCAGACAGAUCUGGUGGACUGACACCCUGGUGUUGUUACCUUAAUCUAGUGUUUUCUUAAAGAAAUUAAGAGCAGUUUGAGAUUUUUAUGACAAGAGGUUUAUAUGAGCUUAAGAGGAAAAUGAUAGAAUACAGAUUAUCUUUCUAUCCAUAGUAUCAGAAGAUUUUAUAGAUUGAGUUGACAUUAAUUUCCUUUUCUUUUCCCCUUUUUAGCUAAGGAAUUUAUUUUUUAAUAUAAAUUUAUUUAUUUUAAUUGGAGGCUAAUUACUUUGCAAUAUUGUAUUGGUUUUGCCAUACAUCAACAUGAAUCCACCACGGGUGUACACGUGUUCCCCAUCCUGAAUCCCCCUCCCAGACAUUAAUUUUCUAACAAAAACCUGAAAAGGUACCUUUUCAGUGGCACAGUUUUCACUUUUUUUCUGGUACAUAAAACCAGCAGAGUAGAUACAGUCAGUGUACUAGAACUAUGUUUAAAAAUCAUGACCAGCCUUCCCUCUGUGAGUCAACUUAAUUCCCCUUUCUAAUAGUGAAACUUACAAAGCUAAAACUCCAGAAAAAUUAAAAUUGAUGGACCGAAUGACAGAUUCUUCUGCUAUGUGUAGCUGGGAAAAAGCUGGUCAAACUUUACCACAGAGGAUAGAUCUAAAUUGUUUCUGAUAUGUUUAAAUUUUAAAUACUAGAUAGUCAAGAAUAACCAAAGAGAGAGGCUUUAGAACACCCUCGUCUUUUUUGUAUGUUCCCCUGUUAAAUUCUAACUCUCACAAGUAUUUUAGUAAAUUUAAUAAAUUUGGUUUCUACAGCUUAUAAUUUAAUUGCAUACAAAAACUCUUUAAUCUCCCUGAUGACUGCACACUUCAUAGUUCCUGGCAUCAGAGUUCCUUAAGUGUCUGAGUUUAGUCAGGAAAGAGCUCAGAGAGAAAUCCAUCUCAUUUUAAGGGUGCAAGGAUUUCUCUGAGUUAUCGGUGAGUUUAGGUAGAUUAUGAAGUGGUAAGUUUUUCUUAAGAAGUGAAUGAAGAAAACCAAUGGGCAUUAUCUAAGGUGGUUGAACUUCUGUCCUAGAAAAGGAUGUGAAGCCUCAUGGGGUCAGGAUUAACGUGCUAAGAACAAAAUCUAAGUAGCUAUUGAUACAGAGUCAGUUGUAUCAGUCAGAAGUUAAAACAAAUGCAUUGCUCUUUAGUAUUAGAACAUCAUCUAAUCAUAUUCUUAAAUCAUUUCAGCAAUUAUUCAAACUUACGCUGUCCUCAAUGACUUCAUCACAUACGGUGAACACAAAUAUUAACAUUGAUUUCAUGUAUCUUAGGCUAUUCUGGAUAUAUUCCCUAGCCUCCUUCAAGUAAAAUUUUAUUUUUUCUUGUUUAGAUAAAAAUUUUCUUGAUUUUUCUGUUCUGUUUCCUUUCCUACUUGGUCAGUCAUUAGUCCUUGACACAAAAAGUAUGUGUAGCUUAAAGGAUGGGAUUUAGUGUGCAUAUGAGUUGUGGGUAGGACAGCAGUUCAAGGCAGAGUCUGGAUGAGGCAAGAGUUUGCUAUUGGCUGACUGUCCAUAAUAGACAACAUUAACUUAAAGCAGACAUUUAUCUACUUUGUUGAGUGUUAAGAAAGGAGUAGUUAACUGUAUUUUUAUUCUUAUUCAUAAGGUUCCUUUUAGGAAUUCAAAGCAAGUGUUCUUUCCUUCAUCUUUAUAGUAUUCUGUCUGUAUUAGGAAGUGGGAAAAUGAAUACUCCAUUUUAUAGGAAAAAAAUCCCCAAACCUGGGUUCCAGAGAGCCAGUGAGUAGUGGUAUGGGGAAUGAUUCCAGUUUUAUCUUUUUCAUUUGUUCAACAGGAAUAUUUUAAAAAUUAUUUUAUAAUUAAUAUUGUGCCCUGAGUAUUUUUAAAGACAUGAUUCCUAAGAAAAUCUACCUUGUGUAAAUAAGUUCCUCCAGCUAAACACUUUAAUUUUGACUACAUCAUUUAUAAAAUGGAGCUGAUAUCUUAGCCAUAUAGUAUGGUCUGCAUAAUGAUUGUCAAACUCUUGAAACUGGAAAUGCUGCGUGCACCUUAGUGUAUCAGGCAAGCACUAAACAGACAUUUCCUCUUUGGAUCAGCUUAGAAUUUCCCCUUUUUUUCUAGAUCCCACAUAUAGUUGUUUUCUGGAGGAAAACUGACUGUUGCAGUAUUUGUUCUUGUUAGCAUAUUGUUAAACUCAGUAUCUGAUAAGUGCAGUCUGCCUUAUAAGAAAACCAACAUUCUGGAUUUAUCUCUUGAAAUUAUUAUUUCUUUCUCUGAAUUAUUAUUCACUUUUCCAUCUGUAAAGUGUGUGAAAGCAAUCCCUACCUCACAGGGGUGUUGUGAGGAUUUGUUUUAAAAUUGUGGUAAGUUAUAUCAGUAUUAUUGAUGAAAACCAACCCUAUAGGGACUUCUCCAGUGGUCCAGUGGUUAAGACUUCACUUCCCAACGCAGGGGGUUCCGGUUCAAUCCCUGGUCAGGGAGUUAAGAUCCCACAUACCUCAUGGGUCAAGAAACGAAAACAUAAAAACAGAAGCUGUAUUGUGACGAAUUCAAUAAAGACUUAAAAAAACCAACCAUAUAAAGAAAAUUACAUUCUGCAUUUUUUAUGUAGCUAAACCUUUAACUUUGGUAUUCCAACUCAUAAAUUCUAGAAUGUCUUCAGAAGCAGUCAUGUACUAUUUAAUACUCAAUAAUUAAUUGGCAAAAUUUUUACUUUUUACAAAUACUCUAGAAACAGCAGAGUUGCUGGAAUUCCUAUUCUACCUUAGUUUAAUCCUAAGUAUUUCUCUUUAGCCUUUAACAAGAAAGAUAGUAAUUCUUUGGCAUUAUUGGGAAUGAAAACUUUCCAAGUUCAAUGUUACUGAAAGUUCCCCCAAACAUAUUUAUAUAUAGGAAAAGGAACAAAAGCAGUUGAGAAAAUACCAUUUUCAUUUCUUUGAUGUAGAUCAUCUAAAAAGUAGAUAGAGACAGGGAAUAGAGUAGGGAUAAUAACAGUAAUGUAUUAUGUUCUAUCAAAAUAGUAUUGGAAAAGGCUUCACUUAAAACUGAAGGAAAUACUUAUUAAUCAUGGGAAAAGAUAGUCUGGAAAAUGUAUAAUUCCAUUGAUGUUUAUUUGCACAGGUGAAUUCUUGAUAUUGUAACUCAGAUCCUUGAAAAGUAUCCAUUUUUUGUCUAAUUGAGGUAAAAAAUAGGCCAUGUGAAGAAAUUUCAUAACGUAACUUGUAUCUUUGUAUGUUUUAAACUAAAUGUAGCUCUGUGGUUUUUUAUUAUAAUUUUUAAAUUCCUAAGAAUGAAAUCUGUAAAUUAUUAUUCUUUGCUGUACUUCUGUAUGUGUAUGGUUGGACUAUCUGAAGACUGGUGAGAUUAUACAGUCCUUAGCCUGUCUGUCUUAAAUGUAAGGAAUUACAAACUGUGAUUUUUUGUCUUCAAGACCUGAAGAAUCCUUUGUGCUUCAGUGUGUAUCUGUCCACACUUGAUUACUUAGUAGAUAUUGUUCCAGUGCAAUUGAUGGACUGUCAUCAACUCUUCUGUUUUGUUCCAAAUAGUCAUUUAGUCAGAUUAAAUCAAAUAUCAACAUAAAAUGCUUUCAAAGAAACUUGGACUUAAAAAAUUUAAACCAAAAAAAAAAAGGAAAGGGAAAUUUCCUGGUUGUCCAGUGAUUAGGACUCUGUGCUUUCACUGCUGAGGGCCUGGGCUUGAUCCCUGGUUGGGGAACUAAGAUCCCACAACCUAUGUGGCACUGGCAAAAAACCCCCAAAACCUGUACAAUGAAAAAGGCCCCCUGAAUAAAUCUUCAAAGUACUACUAACACAUAGUAACAUAUAAUACAAGAGACUGAAAUCAAUAAUAUAUUGUAUGCUUAAACUCUUCCACGUAAUGUAUUGUGAGUUUGCUUCAGAAAUAUUCUUUCAGAAAGUUUUGUAUUCUCCAUUUGGAAUGAAAACAGUGAAUUUCAUGUAUUUUAUCAUGACAAAUAAAUUAAUGUGGCUUGAUCAUAAA